GCAGACAUCGGAGAGGUGAGCAAGCAACAUUUAAACUGCUCAUUAGAGUUGGUUACAAUAACAGUUCAUCCAUUAGGGCAGAUAACUUGCAAAUAUUUCUGAAGUUUGAAACUGACAAUACUUGGGCUUUAAACAAUUUUGUGAGCAUUGCUUAAAUAUUUAAUAGCUACUAUUAAAAAUGACCUGGGAUAUUAAGAGGAAAAUCUAGUAUGAAAACAUUCCAUUUGCUGACAUUCUUGAUUUAAUGACAUUUUUGAUUUAAUGAAGUGACCACAAGUUAAAUUUUUAUCUGUAGCACUUCCUGAACAGCGAACUAUGUUGAUAGUAAAAAUCUAAACAGUUAUUGCGCAGUCAAAAUCAGAAUCAGAUUUAUUAUCAUUUCGUUUGAUAUGAAAUUUGUACAGUGCAAAGACUUAUUACAAAUUAGAAAAUAAAUAAAUUGUGCAAAGUUAAAGGAAUGAUAAGUUUGUGGACCUUUCAGAAAUCUGAUGGUGAAGGGAAGAAGUUGUUCCCAAAUUGUUGAGUGUCUGUGUUCAAGCUCCUGGACCUCCUUCCCAAUGACAAUAAUGAGAAGAGGACAUGCCUCAGAUGAUUCAUUAUACUCUGGCAGUAGAAUCUUAUGAUUACCUUCUGCAUCCUUCGAGAAAGAUCUUGGCUUCAGUGGUCAACAAUAGAAGCCUAGGAGCUGGAGCUUACCUCAAAUUAUGUGUCAAUGAUUCUGUGCCGAAGAUACGUGCCACCUUGUACAGGACCACUGUUUCUGACCACGUGGCUGGCGCUCUGCUAGAAGCAACUGCAGUCACUGGGACAAGGAACACACUCCUAAGUCCUUCAGGGAUACCCACAGGCAGAGCAAUGCUGAAAGAGCGGCCACUCUGCAUAACAAUGGCUGGUUCAAGCACCCUGCCAUCCAACAUGGCUAGCAUCAGCAAGGAACUGACGGACCUUCGACACUUGAUCCAGUUCCCUGAAGAGAUUGCCAGUAUUUUGACCGAGCAAGAGCAGGAACUCUACCGCAAGGUCUUACCGCUUGACUACCUCUGCUUUCUGACCAGGGAUUUGGUAAAUCCCAGUUGCCCCAGCAGGUCAUCCCCCCUCAAGACCUCCAUCUCGGCACCUGAUCUGGACUCCAAAAGUAGGGAGCACAAUGCAAUUGAAGACCUGGUGACAAGGUUUAAUGAGGUGAGCUCCUGGGUGACGUGGCUGAUCCUGACGGCUGGCUCCAUGGAGGAGAAGAGAGAAGUGUUCUCUUACUUGGUCCAUGUGGCUAAGUGUUGCUGGAACAUGGGUAAUUACAACGCUGUGAUGGAAUUCCUGGCAGGCCUCAGGUCUAGGAAGGUUCUGAAGAUGUGGCAAUUUAUGGACCAGUCAGAUAUUGAAACUAUGAGAAGCCUGAAAGAUGCGAUGGCACAACAUGAAACAUCAGCUGAAUACCGCAGAGUUGUGAGCCGUGCUCUCAAUAUCCCGGGGUGCAGAGUGGUUCCCUUCUGCGGAGUCUUUCUGAAGGAGUUAUGUGAUGUUCUAGAUGGUGCAGCCACUUUGAUGAAAUUCCACUCACGCUGUGAAUCUCAGGAGGACACCUUUGAGUUUAUUGCAGACUACAAUGGCCAGGAACAUUUUCUGCAGCGAAUUGGAAAAGAUGGAUUAAAUAAUACAGAGAAAGAGUCCACAGUGAAUAACAUUCUCCAGACCAUUCGAAGCUGUAACAGAAGCCUGGAGUGUGAAGAAGGGGAAGAAAGUAGCGGUGAUAGUGGCACUUCAAGGAAGAACUCAUUCAAAGAUAGAAGCAAAUAUCAGUUCAUUGUUGGAGAUCUGUCAGACUCAGAGAGUGAAUCCUUUGAGCAAUCCAGUGAGAUUGACCUGAGUGGGACAGAGGACCAGCAGAAGGCGUUUAAUCAUGAGACCGAACUUAUUCCUUGGUAUGUAUUGUCCAUUAGAGCUGACGUCCAUCAGUUUCUCCUGCAAGGGUCCACAGUCAUACACUAUGACCAGGAGGCUCAUCUAUCAGCACGUUGUUUUCUCAAACUGGAAGCUGACAACUGUACUCUGACUUGGUCAAAACCACCGACAGCCAACCCAACCAACGCCAAGGUGAAAAGCAUAGUACCGGGUAAUAGCACAGAUGUUGGUAAUACAAAGUUUCAGCUGUAUGGGCACAUUGCAUUAAAUGGACUUGUAGAAGGCUUUUUGGACAUGUCUGUGGUGAAAGCUGUUUACAUGGGACAUUCAGGAAUUGAUCUUAAUACUGUUUGCAUUCAAAACAAACUUUCCCAGAUGACCCUGGAGGAAAAUUGCAUAACGUUGCUGUAUGGGGUCCAUACAACUGAUAAUCGCUUAUUGCACUUUGUGGCUCCUAAGUACACUGCUAAAAUGGUGCAUGAUGGAUUACAGGAACUGGUGACGGCUGUGAGGAAAAUGAAGAAGUUUCCCGACCAAAGACUGCAAUGGCUGAGGAAGCAAUAUGUCAGUUUGUAUCAGGAGGAAGGCAAGUUUGAGGGACCAACACUGGCUCAGGUUAUUGAACUCUUUGGAGGCAGACGCUGGAUCACAGGAAACACAGCCACAGCGACUUUGAACAAAAGCACGGAAAAAUCCAACCUGCAGCGCAACAACACAUUGGGAAUGAACACAGCUAAAAAGAUAAAGAAAUCACUCAUCAGGGGAGACAGUGGGGAGAUGACUGACGAGGACAUGGGAACACGCAAGGCUCGAAACUGCAAAGAAUCUCGAAGCAGGAGUGGAUCUGACCCAGCAGAUUUUGAUGAACAGGAAGAAUCGGAUUUGAGUGUUUCGGUGGCUUCUCCUGGUUCUUAUACGCUUCCUGCCAGAGCCCGUUCUCUCACCACACCACCAUCCGCCACAUUGGGCCCUCCAGCGACCACACCAGUGAGACCUGUCUCCUCUCCAGUUCUUUCAACUACCAGCAAGACCAAAACUGGCCCAAGAGGGAGUAACAGCUGGCAUGGACGGGUAAAAGGAGGGCUGAAAGGAUUUCAGGACUUCAUGGUCUCUGACAGCAACAUGAGUUUCGUUGAGUUCGUCGAACUUUUCAAAUCAUUCAGUGUACGAAGCAGGAAGGACCUGAAGGACCUUUUUGACAUUUACUCUGUAUCGUGCAAUCGCUCGGGCUCAGAAUCCGCCCCACUGUACUCAAACCUGACGAUCGACGACAACAUCACUGCGCUACAGCCUGACCUAGACCUGUUAACAAGAAAUGUGUCGGAUCUUGGUCUGUUUAUAAAGAGUCGACAGCAAAUAACGGAUAAUCAGAGACAAAUUUCUGAUUACAUUGCGGCGACCAGCAUUGUGACCAAUCGAGUGGAAAUUGCUUCUCUGGGAGAGAGUGAAAUGGGAAUUGAGCAAUUGAAUGACUUCCUGGUCAACUGUCAAGGGGAGAAUCACACCUAUGAUGAAAUUCUCAGCAUUAUUCAGAAAUUUGAGCCAUCUGUCAACAUGCGCCAGCAAGGACUGAUGUCAUUUGAAGGGUUUGCAAGGUUCCUAAUGGACAAGGAGAAUGUUGCUUCAAAGAACGAUGAAUCUCAAGUUAAUAUUGAGGAGUUGCAGUAUCCACUUUCAUACUACUACAUUGAGUCCUCUCACAACACGUACCUUACUGGCCAUCAACUGAAAGGAGAAUCCUCAGUUGAACUUUACAGCCAGGUGCUGCUGCAAGGGUGCCGAAGUGUUGAGCUGGACUGUUGGGAUGGGGAUGAUGGUAUGCCAAUCAUAUAUCAUGGGCACACGCUCACCACCAAGAUCCCAUUUAAGGAUGUCAUCGAAUCAAUCAAUCGCAAUGCCUUUGUGAACUCUGAAAUGCCGGUGAUUUUGUCAAUUGAGAAUCACUGCUCACUGCCCCAGCAGCGGAAGAUGGCAGAAAUUGUUAAGACUGUAUUUGGAGACAAGCUGGUGACCAAAUUUUUGUUUGAGAGUGAUUUUGCAGAUAAUCCAAUGCUCCCAUCUGUAUGGCAACUGAAAGGAAAAAUCCUCCUCAAAAACAAAAAACUGAAGGCUCACCAGACUCCAGUGGAUAUACUUAAACAAAAGGCCCAUCAGCUUGCAAACCUGCAGGCACAGACGAGCAAUGGCAACCUGACUGGCCCAGGUACCUCCAACAAUGAUGAGGAAGAAGAUGAAGAUGACGAAUACGACUAUGACUAUGAAUCUCUCUCUGACGACAAUAUUCUUGAUGACAGGCCUGAAACCAAGCCUUCAAGUGAUAAGUACCACUUCGAAUACACAGAGGAAACUCCGCGCAGAAUAAAGAAAAUAUCAUCUGAUGCAAUGCUGCUUAGCAAAGAAAAGGCAAAACAAAAAAGAUUUAUUGUCUAUGAUAUGGAAUUGGGCGAAGAAUUCUACUUACCUCAAAACAAAAAGGAGAGCAGACAGAUAGCACCUGAACUAUCAGACUUGGUCAUCUACUGUCAGGCUGUCAAGUUUACAGGCCUUUCAACUUUAAAUGCUGCAGGAUCAAACAGAGGGAAAGUGAAGCCCAACAGGAAAUCGAACAGAAUGAGCCCAGGGGAAUCAAUGACAUCAGUUAAAAUAUCUGGAAGAGCAACCUCUUUUGAAGCUAUCAGAAAGAAUUGUGAUGAACCACCUUCUCCUCCGUUUAAUCCAACCACCUCCCUCAGCGCUAUCAUCAGAACACCCAAGUGUUACCACAUAUCAUCAGUGAAUGAGAACACUGCCAAGCGACUGUGCCGACGCUAUUCUCAGGAACUAAUCCAACAUACAGUGUGCCAGUUACUCCGAACAUAUCCAGCUGCCACUCGGAUCGACUCCUCAAACCCAUCACCUCUUACGUUCUGGCUCCAUGGGAUUCAGUUGGUUGCUCUCAAUUAUCAAACAGAUGAUCUCCCAAUGCAUCUGAACACAGCCAUGUUUGAAGCCAAUGGUGGAUGUGGUUACGUGCUAAAAUCUCCUGUUUUAUGGGACAGAAACUGCCGCAUGAAUAAUCAGUUUUCUCCUCUAGAACGAAUAGAGAAUAUGAGUCCAUCCUUAUAUUCCUUAACGAUUAUUUCUGGGCAGUAUGUGUGCCCCAGCAACACAUCAGGGAGUCCAUGUAUUGAAAUUGACGUGCUGGGUAUGCCUCAGGACAGCAGUCACUUUCGCACUAAACCCAUUCAUCGCAACACUUUGAACCCCAUGUGGAAUGAGCAAUUCUUCUUCCAAGUUUACUUUGAAGACCUCGUUUUCCUACGUUUUGCAGUGGUGGAAAAUAACAGCUCCACUGUAACGGCACAAAGAGUGAUCCAGUUAAAAGCUCUUAAAGGAGGGUACAGACAUCUACAGCUGAGAAACUCUCAUAAUGAACCCCUGGAGAUAUCCAGUCUCUUCAUCUGCAGUCGACGAAUGGAAGAUAAUAACUCUGGAGUUCUACCACUGGCAUCUGUGUUGUUUAGCACAGAAGACCAAAGAGCUGCUAUCAGUUACCAUGUCACAGUUUAUGGAGUUCCGGGUGCUGAACCAUUCGGCGUUUUUGUUGUCAAUGAGAAGACCACGGCCAGGCAAUUGAUAUUCAAAAUCAUAGGAUCGGCAGGUAACUCAGAGACAGACAUUUCUGACUAUUUCCUUGUGGAAGAGAAAACCUCCCUUUCUAAAGAAAAGAACAAGAAACAGCCAUUUCAGAGAGUCAUUAGUCCUGAGGAGGAAAUUCUAAAAAUUCCACAUUGUUGGCUUCUAGAGGAAAAAAUUAUUGGAAAAAUUAUCUUUAAAACCAAAGAAGAGCAGGAGCUAAAUCAAAGGAACUGCAUGAAUGAAACACAAGAGGAUGUGAGUUACUACAGCAGUCCAACAGAAGACGACAGCUUCUUGGUUCAGGUGCACGAUGUCUCCCCAGAACAGCCCCGUACAGUCAUCAGGGCUUCAAAGUUCAGUACCGCCCAAGACAUUAUUCUGCAGGCAUUGAGUAAAGCUAAAUAUUCCUACAGCAUCCUGAGCAACCCAAAUCCCAGUGAUUACGUCCUUGUGGAGGAAGUCACAAAAGAGCCAUUAAACAAGAAAUCAUCCAUGGCAAAACCUGCUCUUCGAAUCCUUUCUGAGAAUGAGUCAGUAUUUCUAGCCCAGAACAAGUGGAAAGGAGCAGGAAAAUUCAUCCUCAAGUUGAAAGAGCAAGUACAGGGUGCACAAGAGAAGAAGAAAGGCCUUUCUUUUGCCAACGAACUGAAGAGGUUAACAAAAUCAAGCAAACCAAGCCGGAGUUUCUCAAUCCCACUUCAGAUGACCUCCCCUGAGAGCAGCCAGAGUAAAGAUGAAAAAGCUGCAUGUAGUCUGUCGUUUGCUGAGAUCACCGAUUAAUACCUCUUACAGGAUUGCGGCUCGUGACUGUCUAGGCUAUUUUGAAGUUGACUUGGAUAUUUCCUCUAGCACUGCUAUGUCAAGAUAAAGCACAGAAAUCUUUAACCAAUGCUGGAGAAGACGAAACAAAAAUGACAAUGUAAUGCUUGUCCCUCCUCUGCCUCCUGUACAGCCCUUCUGAAAAACUGGAAAUUACACAAUAACUUUUUUUUUAAAAAGGUAACGAAAUCCAAUCUUUGGAAUGAAACACAUCACCCAGUAAGGGUCACACACAGGAGUAUGAGUCAGUAACAGGUUUCAAACAAGCGGGCUUGUUUCAGUGUAUAUAGUUGAACCAAGAAAGAGUUGUGUGUAAGCAAACAGCCAUGACUACUGUUGGACUAUUCAGACACACUAGAGAUGUUAACUUCAAAUUAAACUGAGUAUGAAGACAUACAGGUGCAGAACCUUGACAAUUGUUUUGAUUUGGAUUAUGCACUUUUCAAAACCACUUAUUUUAUUAGUCAUUUAAAAUAUUUGCAGCUUUUAAAGGUUCCUGUUUUCAAUAUGAACGUGGAUCAUGGUAGAACCUAGCAUUUUAGUAAUAUUAAGCUGAAUUGUUCCAAAUGUUCACUUUAGUUGAUGUUUACAGAGUAUUUACACCUUGAUUUAGGGAAUAAUUCUUUGUAGAAUAUGUUGGAUCCAUGCAUACAAUCUGAAGAAAAGUAGUGUUAACAUGCUGUAGGUACUGGAGUAGAAAAAUUGUGUAUAUUUCUAGGUAUAUAAAACUGUGCUAUAAUUGCAUUAAUAUAAUUAUUAGGUUGAAUUAUUUAUUUAAGCAGAGAUUUAACACUGUUUUCAGUUAAAUUUGCUAUACUCAGUUCCAGGUGGCAUAACACUUCUUGUAUUUUUAUUUUCAAUUGCUUUACUUUCCUCGUGCACAUGUGAUAAUAUAUUCAGUUUAAUUUUUGUAUUAAAAUGAAACAAAAGUUAUUUUUCAUGAUGUAUUUUCAUUCUUUUGCAUCAGUAUGUACUGUUCAUCAAGGCAAUAUUUUAAAAUGUAAUGUAUAGAAGUUUUGACUGUCUCACUACCUAUAAAUUGUUCUAAUAGUAUGGCUAAGUCACAAGAUUUGGAUUUUGAAACAAAGAAAAUAUUUAAUAGUCUUGAGCAGAACUACAUCAAUGACAAAUCAAAAUCAACAUCAGGACUGAUUGUGGUAAAUGAACCAAAUACCAACCACCAAAAAUGACCAAAAAAGCAGCAGCGGCAAGACCCUUAGAAAACCAGAUCCCCUAAAGCUGCAUCGGACUACACAAUAACCAUUAUCAAUGAUUAACCUCCAACAAAGAAAGGCAAUCUGCAGAAUCGUGGAUUGAACGAAAUAACAAGGCAUCAAAAUUUGGUAAUAUAUUUAAGUAAAUUGGUGAAAUGCUUUAAGAUAAAAUCUGUGAAUUGCAAUCAGCUAUUACAAGUAAGUGAGCUAACUAUUUCAACUGUGGAUAGUCUUAUUUUUAUUUUACUUUCCAUUUUCUUUUUCCUACUUUAUUUUGCUACUUGUUUCUGUUUAAGAACAGAGCAAUGUGAGAAUUUUAAUUCUUGUUUCUCUUUCAUUCUCUUGGAAAACCCAUUUAAAACUGGCUGCAUAAUUUUAAUCCACAAAGCUAAUUAAUCAAGUUGGUUUCAAACUGAGUAGAUGCUAGUAUACACACUUCACAGACAGAUGGAACAUUAGACAUCUCACGAUGCAGCACUCCAUAACAUUUAAUAGUACAGGCAGCAUUUUGGGCUCUUUUGAUGUGACCACUACCAUUUACUUUCACUUAAAACUUUUCCUCCUGAGCAGUAAAGUUACCAGAUGACAUUUAACAGGGAAUAGCCCACGGUUGGGGGGGGGGAAGAGAGAGAAGAUAAGAAGAUAAGGCUGCAAAAUUGGAAACUUGCUUCAAGUUGAUAUUUCAUUUAACAUCUUGCUUAAUGUGGUUAUUUAUUCAUUUUCCUGUUUAUUUUCUGUACAAAUAAUUUUAAAUCUCACUUGGGUACUAGCACUAUCAAAAUUGUAAAAUUUUUAUUAUCUUAACUGGUUAAUUCUAUUGUAAAUUGUGUUUUGUUGAAUUAAUCAAUGUUACCUAUUGCCAUCCAUUUGUUGCUAUUUAAGAUAGUUAAGUGAAGAUUUUAUUGUUUUAAGCUGUGGCUAUUGUUCUGCCACAAAAUAUUGCUCCACCCAAACUAUUAAUUGUAUAUUUUCAGAAAAAUAUUUUAAGUUGUAUCAAUGAAAAUCAAUUAAAUAGCAAAUUAACUUGUAUAUUAGAUGUUUUCAUUAAUGUAUGUGCAAAGGUACAACAAAUAGUGUGACAGCAAUUGAUUUCAGAUGUGUCAGAUUGCUUUGAACAUUCAUUAUAAAAUGACUAACAAAAAAGGUCUUAACUUUUGUAAAUAUUACAGUUGAACUGUAUAAUGUGUUUUUCCUUAUCUUAUACUAUUUAGCAAGUACUAAAGAGAAAUAAUCGGUAGCAAAUUAUCUCUCUGAAUUCCACAACUUUGUAUAUUGAUAGAACAAAGUACAUAAAGGACAUAGUGAUUACUGAAGGUGUUGGUAUUUUUAUAAUGUAAACAGUACGUAUGUUAAGGGUGGAAACACUGGCUCAGAAUUUGUGGUAUAAAUUAGCCAAGCUGUCAGGUCCCUUCACUGUUAUAAUAUCACAACAGCUUCUGGUGCACAGAUUUUCUCAGCAAACUGUCAUCUAAAAAGUAAGUGACAAACUGCUCUUCCAUAGAUGAAAAGACUCAUUUCUGGUUCUGUCUGCCUAACCCUUAAAAUUAUGUUAUGAUUGCAAUGCACCACUUCACCUUCAAAAAUUAGAGCACACAGAAUUAUUUCACUUUUAUAGCUAAAUUUCAUAAUAUCUAUUACUUGAAAUUAAAUCUAAUCAUUUGGCCUGCUGGCACCAAUGGUGAAAAUCACUACAGAAGUUGUGGAAACUGACACUACAGAGCAGGUUUUAAUGUAAAGGGCAGUUUUCUUUAAGAUCAAUGGUAAACGUUGAUCAUUGUGUCAACCAGGAAAUCUGGGCCACUGCCAGAAAAGUUAUUAUAUGAAUUAUUUGGUUGUAGAUUGCUUUGAAUGUGUGAUGUUUUUAUCUAUAACUGACUGUAAAUUAGUGUAUUAAUGUUGAAUGGAUCAGAAUAAAUAUUAGAUUCAUUCAUCUUUAAUAAAGCAUCUGUAUUUAUAACCAAGGUAUUUUAU